AUCCCGUGCGAACACGCUCGUCACGCACACGGCGCACUCGUGUUUUGCAUCUUUGCCGCCUCGCAGUGGCAACAAAUACGGCGAGCGGCGAGUUCCGCGAUUCCGUUGCAAGCGCCGACCGGGGUCCCAUCAAUAAAUUGUCCGCGCGUCGCGGUCUCUGCUGUGUGCAGCCGACGCUACCGACGAGCGAAUAGUGUCCGAGUCCAAAUCGCCGCACGCGCGCCGUUUCCUCGUCGCCCGGCAUCCGCAACGCAACCAGCAAGAAGUGCACACAAAUGAACUCCUGCGAAAAUGGCUGAUGAACAGGAAAUCAGGCAGUUGGAGCUAUUAUGCAAGCAGCUGUACGAGUCGCAGGACUCGGCGGUGCGCGCGAAGGCCGAGAACGGCCUGGUGGUCUUUCAGGAGGGUCCUGAUGCGCUCACCAAGUGCCAGGUGCUUUUGGACAGAGGUGAUUCUUGCUAUGCGCAGUUGUUGGCUGCAACCACACUCACCAAGCUGGUGUCUCGCAGCGCGCAGGGGCUGAGCCUGCAGCAGCGUGUUGACAUUCGUAACUAUGUCCUCAACUACCUGGCGACGCGGCCAAAACUUCCUCCGUUUGUGGUCCAAGCUCUGGUGUCAUUGUUUGCUAGAAUCACAAAGCUUGGAUGGUUUGACACACAUAAGGAAGAUUAUGUCUUUCGGAAUGUUGUGGCAGAUAUAUCCAAGUUUUUACAGGGGUCAGUGGAAUAUUGCAUGAUCGGAGUGCAAUUGCUCUCACAACUCACAUGUGAGAUGAAUCAAAUCAGCGAAGUGGAAGCCAACCGCUCACUCACGAAACAUCGCAAAAUAGCGUCGUCGUUUCGCGACACGCAAUUGUUUGAGAUAUUUCGGCUUUCAUGCUCACUGCUAGGGACAGCGAGAGAGAAUUGCAAGAAUCUCAACUUUAAUGAUGAAGCACAACAUGGGCUGAUGACGCAGUUGUUGAAACUAGCGCAGAAUUGCCUCACGUUUGAUUUUAUUGGCACGUCGUCUGAUGAAUCGUCGGAUGAUUUAUGUACCGUACAGAUUCCGACUAGUUGGCGGCCCGCGUUCCUGGAUUUCACGACUUUGAAACUUUUCUUUGACAUGUACCACUCGUUACCUAAUACGUUGUCUUCAUUGGCGUUGUCAUGCCUUGUUCAAAUCGCGUCUGUGCGCCGGUCACUUUUUAGCAACACAGAACGCGCCAAGUUUCUUACGCAUCUCGUCAAUGGGGUUAAGCAUAUUUUGCAGAAUCCGCAAGGUUUGAGUGAUUCGGCCAACUAUCAUGAGUUUUGCAGAUUAUUAGCGAGGCUGAAGUCGAAUUAUCAACUUGGUGAGCUUGUUAUGGUUGAUAAUUAUCCGGAAGCAAUACAAUUGAUUGCCAAAUUCACCGUACAAAGUUUACAGAUGUGGCAGUUUGCACCAAAUAGUGUGCAUUACCUGCUCAGUUUAUGGCAGAGAAUGGUUGCUUCUGUACCAUACGUGAAGGCAACCGAACCGCAUUUACUUGAGACGUACACACCCGAAGUGACAAAUGCUUACAUCACAUCCCGACUGGAGUCUGUCGCUGUAGUCGUACGUGAUGGUUUGGAAGAUCCCAUCGAGGAUCUCGGCAUGGUGCAACAGCAACUAGAACAACUUUCUGUUAUUGGCCGAUGCGAGUAUGAGAAAACAUGCACACUGCUUGUGCAACUUUUUGACCAAUCUGCACGCACCUAUCAGGAAUUAUUAGCGAGUCAAACACAACAAAUUGAAAUCAACAUUCAGGAAGGCCGGUUGACUUGGUUGGUUUAUAUUAUUGGCUCGGCGAUUGGAGGGCGGGUAUCUUUCAAUAGCAACGAAGAACAUGACGCGAUGGAUGGUGAAUUAGUCUGCCGUGUAUUGCAGCUAAUGAAUCUGACCGAUUCGCGGCUGGGGCAAGGUGGUUGUGAGAAACUCGAGCUUGCAAUGCUCAGCUUCUUCGAACAAUUCCGAAAAAUUUAUGUGGGCGAUCAGGUGCAGAAGAACUCGAAGGUAUAUCGCCGACUUUCAGAGGUUCUUGGGCUCAAUGACGAGGCGACUGUACUGAGUGUUUUUAUUAGAAAAAUAAUCACAAAUUUGAAAUACUGGGGCCGAAGUGAACAGAUAAUUAGUAGAACGCUGCAGUUAUUGAACGACCUAUCAGUGGGAUAUAGUUGUGUGCGUAAACUGGUAAAAUUAGACGAAGUACAAUUCAUGUUAAACAAUCACACGAGUGAACACUUUCCCUUCCUGGGUAAUGCUGUGGCCAUCACGGAGAUGCGAUGCCGUUCCAUGUUCUACACUUCAUUGGGGAGGCUUUUGAUGGUGGAUUUGGGCGAAGACGAAGAUCGGUUUCACACUUUUAUGAUUCCACUCACAACAUCAUUUGAACGCCUUGGUAAUCUAUUCGCCACUGUGGAUUCGCCAAUAUUUGUCGAAGACGAAGCAAAGAAAGCCCUUAUUGGCUUGGCGAGAGACCUGCGCGGUUUGGCCUAUGCGUUCAAUACGAAAACGUCGUACAUGAUGCUCUUUGACUGGGUAUAUCCAUCCUACACACCUAUAUUGCUGAGCUCCAUUGAGAUGUGGUACCACGACCCGCAGGUGACGACGCCUGUGUUAAAGCUCUUCGCUGAGCUGCUGCAGAAUCGUAGUCAGCGAUUGCAGUUCGACGUCUCAUCGCCGAAUGGCAUUCUUCUAUUCCGAGAAGCUAGUAAAAUUAUUUGUAGUUAUGGUAGUAGAAUAUUAAAUGUGGAGGUUCCCAAGGAACAAACGUAUCCGCUGAAGUUGAAGGGUAUCUCGAUCUGUUUCUCAAUGCUGAAAGCAGCGCUGUGCGGCAGCUACGUCAAUUUUGGUGUGUUUCGUCUGUAUGGUGACGAGGCACUGGACAACGCGUUAAAUAUUUUUGUCAAGCUACUUCUAUCGAUACCACAGUCAGAUUUAUUGGAUUUUCCCAAAUUAUCACAAACAUAUUAUCUGCUGCUCGAGUGCCUCACGCAGGAUCACAUGAGUUUCCUCUCGACGUUGGAGCCGCACGUUUUCCUCUACAUUCUCUCCUCGAUAUCGGAGGGUUUGACUGCCUUAGGUGCGCAACUGAACAACUACACAGAUACGACGGUGUGCACUGGAUGCUGUACCUCAUUGGAUCAUAUAGUAACGUAUUUAUUUAAACAAUUAACACAAAAACCGUUCCCUGGCAAAAAGAACCGUGUCGGCAUGGCGCCGUCCAGCGAUAUGUUUCUCCAAGUAUUGGAGGUGCAUCCUGAGAUAUUGCAGCAGAUCCUCAGCACCGUACUGAAUGUGAUCAUGUUUGAGGACUGCCGAAAUCAGUGGUCAAUGUCACGGCCGCUGCUCGGACUCAUCUUACUAAAUGAGGAGUAUUUUAAUCAGAUGCGCGAGAAUAUUAUUCGCAGUCAACCACCGGAUAAACAAGCGGCCAUGGCUCAGUGGUUUGAGAAUUUGAUGGAAGGCAUUGAGCGAAAUUUAUUAACAAAGAACCGAGAUCGGUUUACACAAAAUCUAUCAAUGUUCCGUCGAGAUAUAAACGAUUCGUUGAAAGGACCCAACGUAAACACGUCGGUUAGUGAUAUGAUGACAUCAUAGUGAUUCAAUAAUCCGGAAAAACGCUAAACUAACACGUUAACAAGCGCAAUCUUGAGGACGCACACUCCCGUCGACGUCGACCAGCGCAUUGCAAUAAUUUUUAUCCACGUGAACCAAAUGAGGGAUAAUCGACGCGGCGCGCCCUCUAUUUCAAAAUGCAAACUGACCAUGGUGUAGUUCAUAGGUAAUUUUAUUUUCAGUAAUUCUCUUAUUCUUUUUGUUAUUAUGGACGGAGCGCACCGAUUGCGAAAUGAUGAUACAGGCAAAGGCGAGGAUAAUAAAGGUAUAUGUAAUUUUGCAUCGGA